GACAUGUAUUCGUACCCGGAUUGUUUACGGCGACGGUCAAAAUAAUGUCUCCUUUCUUAGUUUUGUUCGUUGUUUUCUCAUAUUUGGCUUGGAUAAAAUGGAUUUACGAUCGAGACCGGCGCAGUUUAGUGAACUCGCUGAAACAUAUGAUGAACAUUUCAUCAGCUAACGAAGUAAACGUCAGGGCUUUGAUUGUAACUGCGCAUCCAGAUGAUGAAUGCAUGUUUUUCGCGCCAGCAAUAAUACGACUCGUUGAAUUGAACGCCAGCGUUCAUUUGCUGUGCUUAUCUGAAGGUAACUACUACAAUCAAGGAGCUCAGCGAAGACAGGAACUACUGAACAGCUGUUCUACGUUGGGGAUCCCAGCUUCCAGGGUCACCAUAAUAAACCACAAAAACCUUCCAGACGAUCCUAAAGCAGAGUGGAGCAUCUCAUUAGUCUCCUCUAUAAUCAUGAAGCACAUGACAGCUCACUCCAUCAGUAUGGUGCUGACCUUUGAUGGGAGAGGAGUGAGUGGCCACGCCAAUCACAUAGCCAUCAAUAAAGCUGUCAGACAUCUGGCCUACACUGGAGAAGCGUCUGAAGGCUGUGUGUUGCUCUCUCUGGUAACUGUUGGCCUGUUCAGGAAGUACAUCUCCUUCCUGGAGCUUCCCAUCAGCUGGCUUCUACCAUCUCGCCUCUGCUGUAUCAGUGGCUCACAGGGCUACAAGCAAGCCAAAGCUGCCAUGAUGUGUCACCACACUCAACUUUUGUGGUUUCGACACCUCUACAUCACCUUCUCCCGCUACAUGUUCAUCAACACGUUCCAAGAAAUUCCACAGGGACCAAAGAACUUGAAGAUUUAUUGAACCUUCCAUCUCAUUCUGACCUGAUGUUUGUUGAACUUUCGUUCUUUCUUAAAGCACUGAUACAACAGAAUGUUUUAUAGACACUUUGCAUAUAGAUAACACUAUUUUUUAAAGUUGCAUUGAACACUGUCCUCUCCUUUUGUAACAUAAGAGGAGUUUAUUGUAUUUUUUUUUUAAUAUUACUGUUAAAAAACAUCUGUAUUAGACUGUUGCUGUGCAUAAACUCUAAUGAAACGCUGAUUAAACCAAAGUGCGAGUCUUGAA